AUGACCAAGGCUUAUCGUAAAGAUGAGUUUGAUUUUUUUUGGAAUCAAGUUGGGAAGAUUGAUAAGAGGGUAAAGUCUUAUCUUGAGGAUGCUGGAUUUGAAAAGUGCGCACGCGUGUAUGCACUUGUUAAUCGUGGUAGAAUGAUGACUUCAAAUAUAGCGGAGUGCAUAAAUGGUAAAUUGAAGCGAGCACGUGAGUUGCCGAUAAUAGAAUUUUUGGAGCAGGUUAGUGCAUCAUCAACAUAUGUAUAUUCUGUUUAUGAUGACGGGAGAAAGUACAUAGUAUUUCUUGAUAGGAGGACUUGCUCUUGUGGUAGAUUUCAAUUGGACGAGAUAACAUCUGAACGCGCGAUUGCAGUACUAAAAAGCAAGCAUGUAGUUGAUAUGAAGCCUUAUUGUUCAGAGUUUUAUUAUCCUGAAACAUUAAGGAAGACGUAUGAAGAAUCUAUGUUUCCAAUGCCCGAUAAGAAGGACUGCAUUGUGCCACAAGAAGUUAUGGACGAAGUUGUGUUACCACCAAAAUACAAACGUCAACCCGGAAGGCCAAAGAAAAACAGGCACAAGAAAUCAAGUGAAGCUAUGACAUUGAGUAGUAAUUGUUGUGGGAGAUGUAGUUAUGCAGGUCACAACAGGCAUACUUGUAACUUCUUUCCAAAGGAGGACUGA